AUGUUCCCCAUUGCCUAUGCAAUUGCUGAGGUGGAAAACACAGAUACUUGGAGGUGGUUUCUGGAGUACCUGAAAUGGGAUUUGAGGAUUGAAAGGGAGUCAACCUACACAUUCAUCACUGACAAGCAGAAGGGUUUGGGGAUUGCCAUUGGAGAGUUGUUCCCUGGAGCUGAACACAGACAUUGUGUGAGGCAUAUGUACAACAACUGCAAGGCUAAGCAUCCAGGAGAGGGGUUGAAACAACUUGUGUGGGAUGCAGCUAGAUCAAGCACAAAAGUUUGGUUUAAGAAACACAUGGAGGAGCUGCAACAAUUGGAUGAUGUGGCCUGGAAAUGGUUUAAGGACAAGAAUCCAGAACAGUGGAGUAGAGCCUAUUUCAGGGAAGAUUCAAAAUGUGACUUGCUAUUGAACAAUUUGUGUGAGUCAUGGAAUGCAGCUCUAAUUCCAGCAAGGGACAAGCCUAUAUUAACCAUGUUGGAGAAGAUAAGGAUGGAAUUGAUGGUUAGAAUGGCAAAUAGAAGAGUGGCAGCACAUAGAUGGAAGGAUAUGGUUGGUCCAAGGAUUAAGAAGAUUAUUGAAAAAGUGGCAGAGAGGACUAGUUGUUACAGAGCCUAUCAUUCAGGGGAGUUUGAGUUCCAAAUUACUGGAGGCGGAGAUCAUGGAAGCAAGCAUGCAGUGGACUUGAGGAUGCACACAUGUACAUGUAGGAGGUGGCAAUUGAGUGGCAUUCCUUGUGUGCAUGCCAUUUGUGCCAUUAGAACCAAAAAGGCAGAUCCUGUUCUCUUUUGUGACGAUUACCUACUGCCUUCUACCUACAUGGAGUCAUACAAUCCAAUUAUUCAUCCUAUUGCUGGUGAGGAUGAUUGGGAACCGGUGGAUUACCCAAUAGCACCUCCCCCAUACAAGAAGCAAGCUGGCAGACCCAAAAUGAAGAGAACUAAGGAGCCAGGUGAGAACAAGCAACCACCACCAGCCCCUAACACAACCAAAAUGCCAAGAACCUACUCGAAGAUGACAUGCCAAGUUUGCUUCAAGAAAGGCAUAAUAGAUUGGGCUGCCCAAUUAGAAAGGCAAAGAAAGCAGCAGCACAACAAGCAGGAGAAGGGAGUUCCAAUGCACUCAAGCAAAAUAAGAAGAGUUCAAGGCAGCAGGCAGCAAAAGUUCCAGCUUCAAAGGGGAGGCCCAUAUUGAAUGAUAAUAUCAUCAAGUCUAGGAAGGGUUGGAAGAAGAUGAAAACCAUGGAUGGCAGCCAAGGUGCCGAUGCAGGGCCUUCUAGUUCACAAACUAUGCAUGAUCCUCCAACACAAGGCAGCCAAAAUCCUGCAGCAAAAAAGGCAAGGCAGCAAGGCCAAACUGAUUCUGAAUGGGCAGGGUUGUGAAGAAAAAACAUUGUUUUUGGUGUUGUUUUUGUUUAGGUGGUAUGUAAGCUUAUGAUGCUAUGAACAAACACAUGACAUUGCUGUUGGUUUGUCAACCAUUUUGUGAAACUUUGGGAACAUGCUAUGUCCUUUU